AUGCCUCGCCCUGAGAACGUGCAAGGGGAAUUUUAUGUCGACCACACUUGUAUCGAUUGUGAUACCUGCCGCUGGAUCGCUCCUGACUUCUAUGGCCGUGUGGGCAGCCAGUCAGCAAUGACAGCACAGCCGCAGACAGACGAAGAUCGCAUCUUGUCAUUCCAGGCUCUUCUGUCUUGCCCAACGUACUCGAUCCAUUCCACCGGGGAUAAGUCUGAGUUGAAGACGGCCGUGGAUCGGUAUCCUGAGCCAGUCAAGGGAGCAGAAGGAGUGUAUUACUGCGGGUACAACAGCGAGAAGUCCUAUGGUGGCUCGGCGUGGCUGGUCGUGCGAGAGGGUGGCAAUGUUAUGAUCGACAGCCCUCGCUUUGAUCCCAAGCUGGUCAAGCGAGUAAAGGCUCUUGGAGGCGUCAAGUACAUUUUCCUCACACACAGAGAUGAUGUGGCGGACCACGAUUCCUGGGCGGCUGAGUUUGGAGCUGAGCGCAUUAUCCAUGCUUCCGAGUGCAACAGCCAGCAGGGAACCGAGUGCGAUUUGGAGAUCAUCCACACCCCGGGGCACACCUUUGGUCACUGCGUGCUGCUGCACAAGCCGAGCCAGGCUCUGUUCUCAGGCGACCACCUUGCCUUCAGCCGCGAGCCACCAGGACAGCUGAGGAUUUUCAAAGACUACAACUGGUACAGCGUGCCAAAGCAGGUGGAGAGUGUGCGGAAGCUGCUGGACUAUGACUUCCUCUACGUGCUCCCGGGUCACGGCCGCCCCCGGCGCAUGAGGGACGCAGCGCACCGUCUGCAGCUGAUCCACGACCUUCUCAAGCAUGAGGGUGCCCUGUAG